CUUGAGUUCUUAAUGUGGGUUAGUGUGCCUAACCUCGGUCUUUCCCAGAUUCCCAUUUCUAUUUUUCUUUUUUAAAAAAAUUGACUCUUGGACUCGUACUGAUAUUUGGAGUCCACGACAUGCUAAAAAGCUUUCCACUUUGUGCACUUAGUAUAUGAAAUUAUUUUAUAGCUAUGGAAGAGUCUGCAUGCUUUUUAUAUAAGUUAACAAUCUGAAUGUAUUGAUUGGCAGUUGGGUUUCCUUCUGUUCUUGCCCUCCUCCCACUCUUCUAGCUCCACUAGCCAAAUUUGAUCAAAACUUUUUAGAGAGGGGUUUAGGGAUGAGUUUUGAAUGAAAUAGACUGUGGAAAUUGGAUGAGAAGAUAUAAUAAAACGUGUGAAUAUAAAGGCUGAAAAAGUUUCUAUACUCAAGAGUCCAUCUAGAACUCAACCCUGGGCCUUGAACCAAGGACUGAUAUUGAAUAUUAAGCAGAAAGCAGUAGAAAGUACUUGGAAAAUUAGUACAUGGGAGAUAAAGCUGAGGUAAUAUAGUUUUCAAGGACACUUAAUUUUGAAGAUUUUAGGCUUAAUAGUUUUCUCUAACAUAGAGCUUAGUAUUCAGUGUUUAUUCUUAUGGAUGGAGAGAAGGUAAGGGAGCUUCAGAAACACGGAGUGUGGUUAGGACCCAGAGCAGUGGAAUUCAGAAAGUUCCAAGCAAUGUUUUGAGUUGUUAGACAGUUUUUCACACUAUUCAAACUUACAGGUGGGCUUUUUACCUCCUAUGUUAUUCUCCCAUCAGUCUGAAUUUUGUUUUGUUCUUCAAAGACUUCUGCAUUUUUUGUUUUUAACCUUUAAAUGAAGUCACAAAGAACUUCAGUGUGCUUUGUGGCCUUUUACAUUUAAAUGAUCUCAUGAAGUGUACCAGUGAACUGGAAAUGAUAAGAAUGAGUAACCUUCACAGGCCUUCAGGUUAGACAGAUAAUGAGCAAGCAUGUCAGUGCACUAGAGAGCUUCUGUCCUCUGAGAGGCAUCAGUAUUCAGGUUUAUCUGAGCAGGCUGGACCUCUGUGAGGGAGAAGGAAAUGGAACACCUACAUUUCUAACUGGCACUGCCUCACGUGUUGCUAAGGGAGGAGUCGACCACACCAAAAUGAGUCUGCAUGGUGCUAGUGGGGGACAUGAGAGAUCAAGAGAUAGACGAAGGUCAAGUGACAGAUCACGAGAUUCAUCUCAUGAGAGAGCAGAGUCUCAGCUCACUCCUUGUAUUCGAAAUGUGACUUCACCAACAAGGCAGCAUCACAUUGAACGAGAAAAAGACCAUAGUUCUUCUCGUCCAAGCAGUCCUCGUCCUCAAAGAGCAUCCCCAAAUGGCUCCAUGAGCAGUGCUGGGAACAGUAGCAGGAACAGCAGUCAGUCAAGCUCAGAUGGUAGCUGUAAAACAUCUGGGGAGAUGGUGUUUGUGUAUGAGAAUGCAAAAGAAGGGGCUCGGAAUGUGAGGACAUCUGAGCGAGUGACCCUGAUAGUGGAUAACACCAGAUUUGUUGUGGACCCGUCCAUUUUUACUGCACAGCCAAAUACAAUGUUGGGCAGGAUGUUUGGAUCUGGCCGGGAACAUAAUUUUACACGCCCCAAUGAGAAGGGAGAAUAUGAGGUGGCAGAGGGAAUUGGUUCUACUGUGUUUCGAGCUAUUUUGGAUUACUAUAAGACAGGAAUCAUCCGCUGUCCUGAUGGCAUAUCUAUUCCUGAACUGAGAGAAGCAUGUGAUUACCUUUGUAUCUCUUUUGAAUACAGUACAAUUAAAUGUAGAGAUCUCAGUGCCCUUAUGCAUGAGUUAUCAAAUGAUGGUGCUCGUAGACAAUUUGAAUUUUAUCUGGAAGAAAUGAUCCUCCCUCUCAUGGUAGCAAGCGCCCAGAGUGGGGAACGAGAGUGCCAUAUCGUAGUGCUUACAGAUGAUGAUGUAGUCGAUUGGGAUGAGGAGUAUCCACCACAGAUGGGAGAGGAAUAUUCACAGAUUAUUUAUAGCACAAAAUUAUAUAGAUUUUUCAAGUACAUUGAAAACAGAGAUGUGGCCAAAUCAGUUUUGAAGGAGAGGGGUCUUAAGAAGAUUAGAUUGGGAAUAGAAGGCUAUCCUACCUACAAAGAAAAAGUAAAGAAAAGGCCAGGAGGCCGUCCAGAAGUCAUUUACAACUAUGUCCAAAGACCCUUCAUUCGAAUGUCCUGGGAGAAGGAGGAAGGAAAGAGCCGGCAUGUAGACUUUCAGUGUGUAAAGAGUAAAUCUAUCACCAACCUGGCAGCAGCUGCUGCAGACAUUCCCCAGGACCAGCUAGUAGUCAUGCACCCUACUCCACAGGUGGAUGAGCUGGAUAUCCUUCCCAGCCACCCCGCUUCUGGCAACAAUGACCUCGAUCCUGAUGCACAGAAUCCAAUGCUGUGAUGCUGAUGUUCCUGAAACCAUAGCAUGCUACUCUUCACAGUGACGUACUCCUCAUUCUGCACUGCGAGGCCACUUUUCUUCAUUGUGAGAUGCACAUGUUUAGGAUACUGCAGUGUAGGCUUUUUUAAAGACCAAAGGUAGCUGAAUGGUUUUUUAAUGAGUACAACUUUAGCAUCCUGGUUCCAGUUCUAUAAAUGUAUUUGUUUACCAGUA